AGCAGCAAGAGUAUCGUCAUACAUUUUUUGUUCAUUCGUCAGUCUUCUACGCAGUAAAAUAAGGCGAAAAAAAUCGGACUCCUUCGCGAUAAAUAAGCUAGAUGCUCUGAGUUUGCUGCACCAUUCCCAGUCGACUAGUGCUGUUGCACGUAUAUAAUAAGACACCAUGUUGAUAGUGUUUCUCGGAUUAAUCUGUGCUCUUCAUAGUCACAGAACCAGUGUCACUUGGGCUUCUGUGCCAGCAAGUGACAUGUACCCGUCGACGGGAACGAGUCUGCCCCCUUGUCUGGACUGCAAUUCCGCGGAGAUAUUUUUUCCGACGCCGUUCUACUAUUACAGCAAACCCGUACCAUCCUGUUUCGUCAACAACAAUGGCGGUAUUUCGUUCCUUACUGCUCGUCUGCCGGGGUUUCAAACCGAAUGCGAUUCAACGUCCAGAUCGAAAGGCUUGCAACUCAUCGCUCCUUUCUGGGCUAGAUCAAACACCUUCUUGGGUGGAGGAACCAGUUACUUGAAUACUCAGAGCCCGAGUAUCUUGGAGAAGGCCAAAAAUGACGUGUCAGCUGCUUUUCCUGGAGCCAGUGGAUACAAUUUCCGAUGGGCACUUGUGGUGACAUGGAGCCAGGUUCCGCCUAGUGUAGAGAUCGCAUCCAACGGCACCAGCAGUCCAGGACCAGUUCUGAACAGGAGCAGCACUGAGGGGACCAACACAUUUCAGCUAGUUCUGACCACUGAUGGAAUCAACUCGUUCGUCAUCUUCUAUUACAACAAAAUAUUCUGGACAAAAGCCACGAACGCGCUUUUCUAUGCCAGAGCUGGGCUGGUUCGGUAUGACGGAAUCGCAGACUACAGUUUCAAUAUGGCUGGAUCUUGCACCGCCGCAAUUGCAGGCGUUGCGGACGGAUCGAACAUCGGUUCCCCCGGAAAGUACGUAUUCCAAGUAGACUCGUCGGCUGUCGGGCAGAAAGGUGAUUGCUCAGGAUACAACAACAACCAGUUGUCAACGUCCAUUUAUCCGUCGAGUGUUGGGUUGUACGGCGGCGAGUUGGUAAAACUGUCGGGCGCCUGCGUGGACGCUAAUAAGACGGCCCAGUGCGCCAUCGACGAUCCUAGCUACGCUGGGCUUGUCUACGGCACUGCGGAAGCCGUUAGCGGGACUGCUGUGACCUGCUUGACCCCGAUUCUGUUCCGCGUUGGCCGUGUGGACAUUUACUUCCGGUUCACCGCCACAAAUGGAACUGUGGACACUGUGGUGAAGCCCAUUUUCCUCAAUGAACGUCCUGAAAGAACUCUGACCAUUGCUAAGCGACUUGUUGGCAACACUAUCAACUGCGACAUUAAAUGGGACUCGGCGUGGUUCGACGGGAAUAAUACCGUCGAAAUCAUCCACCAGCCAUUCGACGCAGCAAAGGCCCCGACAGUGCUCACCACUGUCGCCAACACUGGCUCAACGUCCAUCGACGCGUCGACCUUCUACACCAACACUUCCACUUUCAUCGGUGACGUCGGGGUUCGCAGUUCCACGGGAACCCUGAGGCCCAGGGUUUGGGCCAACAUGGAAGAGUUUUAUUCCUUGUUCUGGCCCGGGGGAUACGAAGCUGAUUGCGUCACAUUCAAGAAAAAUGCGGAUAUGCCGUUCCAGUCGCUGUCAUGUCCGCCAACUGAACAACAGGCUAUCACAGACCCCAGGUUCCUCAUCGAUGAAAAGGCCCCGAAAUAUUAUCAUCCCGGAGCAAAGAGUUGCUACAGCUCAUUGAUACCAGCUGUCACGUCCAUCCAAGAGUGCUGUUAUAACUCAUCAGGCCCCAUCAUCUGCAACGAUCCACCAAAUGGCGGCACAAAUAAAAUGGUCACACCAAGGAGUUACUAUUGGUUGCAUUUCCAAUUGGAUAUCAUCCCAUACUACAUGUGCUGCGAGAACGAUAAAAUAAGCCAGGCAGCAAAUGCAGAACAUUGCAGGGGGUACUAUGAAAAGAGGCCCUCUGACUGUGGCCAAAACUACCGACCUCGAUCCGGACCUCCGUACUUACCCCUGGGCGCGAGGUUUGGGAACACUGCGGCCAUUUCAACAGCAACGGUGAUCACGGCCAUCUCCUUCUCAUGCAAAAGCAUACCCAAAGUAGUGGUGCAUUUUGAGCCAUCACCAGAUGGAACAAACAUUAAAUUUUACACCAAAGAUGGGAACGAACUCGGCAUAACUCAAACAACGGCUUUGGCUCCAAAUCUCACCAUUUCAAAAAUUAGCUCGGGAUCAUACCUGAUAUCUGGUCUAGAUGUUGACUUGGAAGCUGGACUCGCAGGUGGGGCCAUGUGGACCAAUGCCUUCGUUUCCCAAGCUCACAAAGGCAAGGGCGUUGUCAAGGGGUUACUGGGAAACUUUGAUGACGACCCCAGCAAUGAUUUGAAGCCAAGAACCGGCAAUGCUCUGAGUGCUUCAGCAGAUAUGCAAAGCAUCCAUUACAACUUUGGCGAGUCCUGGAGAGUGACUUCAGGGGAGUCCACCAUGGUCUAUGUUCUGGGGAUGACCUACGAACAAGCAAACGAUGCUUCAUCAUUCACACCCACCUUCAGUGUCCCGGACAAGUCCACCUUCUCAGCAGAAGUUCAGCAGGUCUGCGAGGACAACGAAGCCUGCUACUUUGACUACCAAGUCAGCAAGGACUUGACCUUAGCUGCUGGCACCAAAAGAACCCAGGAAGCCUUCGUCAAAAAAACCAAUGUUCUGUUCCAACAGGUCAGCUGUCCGGCACUGGCUGAUCCAGCAAACGGACGCGUGAAAAGCACUGGCGUGUCCGUCGGCUCCACGGCCACUUACGCCUGCAACGACGGGUUCAACAUUACCGGAUCCGCGACUAUGAUUUGCAGGGCAUCUGGAGCUUGGAGUGGCGAAUCUGCUGAAUGUUCGCCAGAAGAUUCUGCGCUUUCCACGCGAAAAUGGGAUAAUCUGAAUGUUUGGCUGUACAGGGUGUUGGACAGACUGAUUAAUGGUCGCUCCGGAUGAAUUAAAAAAAAAAAAUCUUUUUUCGGAGAUUCGGCGCAGCAUCACAGACGCGAAUGAUUAAUUCGAAACGAUGAUCGUUGGCGCAAAGAACACACGGACGAACAAACAUAUUGCUGUCAAGAGAAUAAAGCUUAUGUCUGCAGUGAAAUUGAAA